AGAGUCCUGUGGUCUACAGUUAGAAACUGUCCUUGUUAUGGUAUUGAUUAACUCUUUAGGUUAAACUUUAUCUAACUGUACUAUUAUUUAGGUUAAAUUUUCCUCAAAGAUAUUAUGGGUGAGUAUGACAAAUACCACUGUAUAAUUCACAUAUAAUAAUGACACUCCCAUACAGUUACUAAACAGACCUAAUUUGGACCAAUGGUAUGGAAGCUGUCCUGUAUUUAUGCAUCACUCCAAAUGGUUUUAUGUCCAGAACAUGCUUUUUAAGCUUACAGGAGUACUUUGUCCUUUAACUUUGUCAACAGGGAAAGAAAUUUACUGCAGCUAUAGUAUUAUUAUAUUGGCUUCAGGAGAGACACAUAUGUUGAUUGGUGUUUAGAUACGUAGAUGUAGCCACCCAUCAAAAUGCCUUCGUUGAUUUUGUUUUGUACUUGUGUGGGUAAAUGGAGAAGGAUGACAGGGAGAGAGGCUUGAUGUCUAUAUGUAAAUUGCUUUGUGUGAAAACAUUUUUUUAACCUUUAAUUUCAAUUCCCAGGUCUGAUGCUUAAAAGCAUAUACCCAAUGGCAAUGAUAUUGACACAGAUGGGGAGAACAUACCUCUCAGAGAAUCUUCACAACCUCAAAAUUGCUAAAGAUUUUUAGUUCACGCUCAGCACUUGAUUGAUUGCACCCCUCCCCAUGGACAGUGGCCAUAGUUGGGAGAAAAAGAAAAUGUUCCUACAACUCUUUCCCAUGCUGGAGUCUCACAGAAGUCCAGAUACCCCUAUGGAAACACUGAAGUCUGAAAAAGGCAAAUGUUUGUGUAUGGGUAUGGAUUGUUUCUAAUCUUCUAUGUAAUGUAUCAUUUGUAUCUCUUACAAAUUAAGAGUUACAUUUGGAUAAUACUUAGUUGAUCACUUUGUAUGUGUCUGGUAGUUAGCAGACAUUUUCACUUACACCUCUUUACUAUAGAUUCAAAACUGAAUCUGAGACCUGAGACAAUGGACCUACAGAAUUAUUCGUUCGUGUCAGAAUUUGUGUUGCAUGGACUCUGCACUUCACGACAGCUCCAAUUUUUUUUCUUUAUAUUCUUCUCUGGGCUCUAUGUGGCCAUUGUACUAGGUAACCUCUUUAUCGUGGCUACUGUCAUUUCUAACCCCCACUUGCAUUCUUCCCCCAUGUACUUCCUGCUGGGGAACCUAUCUUUUCUGGACAUGUGGCUGGCCUCUUUUGCCACUCCCAAGAUGAUCAGGGACUUUCUUAGUCACCGAAAGCUCAUCUCCUUUGGGGGAUGUAUGGCUCAGAUCUUCUUCUUGCACUUUAUUGGUGGUGCUGAGAUGGUGUUGCUAGUUUCUAUGGCCUAUGACAGGUACGUGGCUAUAUGCAAACCCUUGCAUUACAUGACCUUGAUGAGCCGGCAGACUUGCAUUGGACUGGUGUUGGUUUCAUGGGCCGUUGGGUUUGUCCACUCCAUCAGUCAGGUAGCCUUUACUGUGAAUUUACCUUACUGUGGCCCCAAUGUAGUGGACAGCUUCUUCUGUGACCUACCUCUAGUGAUCAAGCUUGCCUGCAUGGACAGUUAUGUCUUGGGGGUACUUAUGAUCUCAGACAGCGGGUUGCUUUCCAUGAGCUGUUUUCUGCUCUUAAUGAUUUCCUACACCAUUAUCCUCAUCACUGUUCGACAGCGUGCAGCUGGAGGGGUAUCUAAAGCACUGUCUACUUGCUCUGCACACAUCAUGGUGGUCACACUCUUUUUUGGACCCUGCAUUUUCAUUUAUCUGUGGCCUUUCAGUAGCUUCUCUGUGGAUAAGCUCCUGUCUGUGUUUUACACCAUUUUUACCCCACUCUUGAACCCGCUUAUCUACACAUUGAGAAAUGAAGAGAUGAAAACAGCUAUGAAGAAACUGAGGAACCGACAUGUGACUUUUCACUGAAUUCCAGCUUUCCCGUAGAGUUACAUAUUCUUAGGCAGGGGAAUAUUUUUUUAAUAUGAAUCUUUUUGAUGAUUUUAUUCUUACAUUAUAUUGAUAUAAUUUGUAAUGUAUUUUAUUAUAAAGAAACAGUUGUUGAUGUCAAGACAAUUAUAUGUGUGUGUGUAGGUAUAUAAAUGUGUGUCUACGUGUGUAUGUGUGUGUCAACAUACAUACAUACAUGUACAGAUGUAUAUAUUAAAAAAUGUAGGUGCUGUCAAGCCAAUUCCAACUCAUGGAGACCUCAUAUGUGUCAGAGUAGAACUGUGCUCCAUGGGGCUUUCUAAGGUUGAGUUUUUGGAAGUAGAUAGCCAGGCUUUUCCUCCAAAGUGCCUCUGGGUGGACCCAAAUCUCCAACUCUUUGGUUAGCAGCUGAGAAUACUAACCAUUUUCCCCACCCAGGGACUCCUGUAUGUAUGCAGAUAUACAUAUAUAUAUGCAUAUAUAGAGAGAGAGAGAACCCUGGGGGGGCAAUGGAUAAGUACUCAAUUCAAACUCACCAACUGCUCCACAAGAGAAAGAAACAGAUAACCUGCUCCCAUAAAGAUUACAGCCUCAGAAACCCUAUGGAGAAGUUCUAUGGCAUAAUAACAAUACAAACACACACACACACACACACACACUAACCCACACAUACACUUUGGAAUAUAUUUUGCAAUUUUCUUUUUUAACCAGAUUUAUCUUAGUAGUUCAUUUUGUUUUAGUUACAUAAAAAUGAAUUUUCAUUUCCUAAGCACAAUUCAACCAGCAAGGGGGAAGUAUUCAAGACAUAAAACAUGUGGCACAGGAAAGCUUACCCGGUAUUAAAUAAGGCCAAAAAAAAAAAAACUUGCUGUCAAUUCUGACUCAUAGCGACCCUAUAGGUCAGAGUACAGCUGACAUUUGUUAAAUAAUGCCCUAUAAA